UAAUACAAGACUGCCUGACUUGCACACCAAACCAGACCUCAUACUCUUCUUCUCAGUGAAAUCAAUCUGCCCAACUCCAUGAAUACUUCAAAGGGUACUGAAAGGAUUAACGACGAAGGUGCGGUGGAGAUAAACGUGGAAACGGUGGACUACCGAAAGCCGGCGGGCCGCGACAAAGACGCCGUUGAAGAGAAGGCGGAGGUGACUCAUUUGAUCCGUUCCGACUACAAGCCCGGAACCGGUAACGUUGUGGCGGAAGCUGCCGGGAAAGUGGCUGAAAAAUUGAAGUCCGCUGAGGAGGCAGUGUCUCAAUCCAUUGGCCUCAAGAGCGAUAAGAAAACGGAGUGAACUAUUAAGCAAGUAUUCGAAUAGUACGAAGUAUAUGAAUUGUGGAGUAUAUAUAUGACUUGUAGUUUUAGGCGUUGACGUGGUGGCUGAUGAUCUUCAUUUUGUGCUUCAAAUUAAUUAUGAUGUGGUUUUGAUCCUUUAGCGUUGAUUCAAGUGGGAUUUAUAAGUUC